AUGGCCGCGAGAUGCAGCGCGCAGGCUGCAGCCCGCCGCCCGCACGCCUCUCCCCGCGCCCGCGCCGCAUUCCGCCUCGCAGCGAGCUUGCGCAACCUCCGCCACAUUCCAUUCAUAGCGGCGCGCGACUCAAUAGCCGCACAGCGCACCGCGACCCCCUCACUACCAACGGCCGUGUGGGAAUUUAAUAUCAAUAAGAAUUAUGCAAGUAGGUCCGACAGUGUCACACACGAAUCUCUUAGAUUAGGAUCGAGAGGUGCCCACAAUUCAACGGCGGAUCAAAGCGACAUAAACUCUUGCGAUAGCAACUCGCUACUAUGUAGUGCAUCGAAUUGCGGCGCGUUGCGAUGUGCAGCGCUUUGCAGAGGCUGCAUUCCUCCGGCCCUGGGUGAAAUGUCACCAAACAGCAUUCCGAAAUAUUUGAAACGACCUUUAUGGCGCGAAAGAAAGUGUCUGGGGUGCGGGGCGGCGGCGCGGGACCGUGGGACAGCGGCGCGCGCGCCAGUCGCACGCCGUCCGCCCCGCGCCCCGCGCAUUCCACUGCGCCUCCCUCCGAAUUUAUUCAGCCGCGACACCGCGUUGCUCACUGCCGACUGCCGACUGCUGGCUUCCGACUGCUUCUGA